UGAAGAUUCGCGACAGUCUUGUAGAAGUGUGUGACACCUGCACAGCAUGGAGAAUACACAAGUGGAAGGGACAAAAAGUGUUCAGCAGAACCAUCCCUACACAAAAGCGAAUGUAAUCUCCAAAAUAUUUUUUUUAUGGGUUCUGCCACUCUUCUACAAAGGAUUCAGAACGGACCUUAACGAAGAUGAUAUUUUACCGUCGCUAAGGUCACACGACUCGAAGAAGUUAGCCGAUAAAUUCGAGAAAGAAUGGACAAAGGAGCUAAAAAAGAAAAAGAAUCCGUCUUUGUGGUGGGCAUUGGGAAGAGUCUUUGGAAAAAAUCUCGUCAUCCUGGGAUUUUUGUAUUUUUUUAUGGAAAUGUGCGCUAAGUUAUCCCAACCUAUAGCUCUAUCGAAAUUGUUGGAGUACUACCAACCAGAUUCAACUAUGAGCCAGAAUGAGGCUUACAUCUAUGCAACUUUAAUAGUACUGUCUUCUCUGGUAUACAUUUUAUGCCAACACACAUUUAUGCUUCAUGCAUUGCAUUUGGGUAUGAUGAUAAGGGUAGCCGCAUCCACAACUCUCUACAGAAAAGCCCUUAAACUGAAUAAGUCAGCCCUUGCUGGAACUACGAUAGGCCAAAUGGUUAAUCUUAUCUCCAACGAUGUGACUCGAUUCGAAAUGAUGAUCAUGCAUAUUCAUAACUUAUGGUUGGCACCUAUCCAAACAAUAGUUGUGUUGUUGCUAUUGAGCUUUUAUGUAGGUUGGACUGGUGUUUUAGGAGUCGUCUUAAUGCUCGCGUUCGUUCCUUUUCAAAUGUGGAUGGCGAAGAAGUCGUCAGCAUAUCGACUCAGCACAGCCUUAAAGACCGACGAAAGAAUCCGACUAAUGAACGAGAUUAUAUCUGGUAUACAAGUGAUUAAGAUGUAUACAUGGGAAAAACCAUUCGCUAAGCUGGUGGAAAUCAGCAGAAGAACAGAACUUGGUGAAAUUGGCAAGACAUCUGUGAUCAGAGCAUUUGUAAUGUCCUUGUUCAUGUUCCUAAACAGAGCUUCAAUUUAUUUCUGCAUGAUGUCCUACGUUCUCCUAGGGAAAACUUUAGAUCCGCAUUACGUGUUUGUUACCACCUGCUUUUAUGGUAUUUUGAACGUAUCGGUCGCAAUAUAUUGGCCCACGGGCAUAACACAGAUGGCAGAAGCCGCAAUAUCAGUCAAGAGAAUAAAGCGGUUUUUGUUAUACGACGAAGUGACAUUUGAUUCAAGUUCAUCAUUUCUGAAUGACUUCAAUAACUCGGCCAACGCACCAGUCGGCAUUCACAUGGAUAACGUCUCAGUCACCUGGGUAAAGAAAUCCAACACAAAUAUUUUAAACAAUAUUUCCAUGGACGCAACUUCGGGUCAAUUGGCAGCAGUAAUUGGUCCUGUCGGUAGUGGCAAAACAACGCUUUUGCACGCGAUUUUAAAAGAACUUCUGCCUGUAUCUGGUACUGCCCGAAUACAGGGAAGAAUUUCGUAUGCUUCUCAAGAGCCCUGGGUGUUUGUUGGAAGCGUUAGAGAUAACAUCACUUUCGGACAAGAGUUCAACGUCGAAAGAUACAACGAGGUAGUUAAAGUCUGUGCGUUAGAAAGAGAUUUCACGUUAUUUCCUUACGGAGAUCGUACCAUUGUUGGUGAGCGAGGAGUGUCAUUAAGCGGAGGUCAGAAAGCUAGAAUCAACCUCGCCAGAGCAGUCUACAAAGAAGCCGACAUAUAUUUACUUGAUGAUCCGCUAUCAGCAGUUGAUACACACGUUGGCAGACUUCUCUUUGAUGAAUGUAUCGCCGGUUAUCUUAAACGCAAAUGUGUUGUUCUAGUCACGCAUCAGUUACAGUACCUUAAAACCCUCGAAAGUAUCUAUUUGCUCGACAACGGGAAAAUAGAACACUCUGGAUCGUAUGAGCAAAUUAAAAAUUCCAGAACUGAUUUUACAAACCUUUUGGGGGAGUUAAAAGAUGUAAUUGACGACCCAGAAGACGUGGCUAUAGAACAGAAAAGAGCAUCUGGUGUUAAAACAUCAACUGCAGAAAUAGAUUCUAAAAAUGAAAAGAACCCAACGGAAGGAAAGGAAGGUCAAGGGCGAGGUACUGUCAACUGGAGCGUUUACAAAACUUAUAUACUCUCUGGAGGUAAUGGCUGUACUAUUUUCCUAGUACUUUUAACGUUUUUGUUGGCUCAAGCAUUUGCAAGUUUUGGUGAUUACUUUUUGACAUACUGGGUUAAUAUGGAGCAAAUUAUAAAAGAUCGCAAUCCGGAAUCGUCGCCGAAAUUAGAUUUAUAUUCCGAGGCGCUCUAUAGUUGGGAUAAUAGCACAGUGCAGUUAAAUAACUUAGAGCAAUUUUGGUUGGACAAUGUGGGAGAGCACACGGCCCUGAUUGCAUAUUCCUGCCUAAUAGCAGUUGCUAUCGUCAUAACGAUCGUAAGAUCGUUGUGGUUCUUUAGAUGUUGCAUGAAGGCUUCUAUAAAAUUGCACAAUACAAUGUUCGGCAAAAUUGUUUAUGCUGCCAUGAGGUUUUUUCAUGUUAACCCAUCUGGGAGAAUUUUGAACAGAUUUUCUAAAGAUAUGAACGUAAUAGACGAAUAUUUGCCUUCAAUGUUUGUGGAUACGAUGCAAUAUGGUGUUAACGUUAUAGCAGCAUUUGCAGUGGUUUCAAUUGUCAACUUUUGGAUGCUGAUUCCUGCAAUUGUCCUCCUCGUAAUAUUUUAUUAUAUCAGAUUUAUAUAUUUAAGAACUAGCAGAAAUAUUAAGCGACUGGAAGGAAUAGCUAGGAGUCCCGUUUAUUCCCAGCUAACUACCUCCUUACAGGGCCUAACGACAAUCAGAGCAUUUGGUGCCCAAGAAAUUUUAAAAAAAGAUUUCGACGGCUACCAAAAUGAAUACAGUUCGGUCUUUUUCAUGUAUUUGGCGGCUAGUAGAUGUUUUGGACUUUGGCUGGAUUUUCAAUGUGUGAUUUUCAUUGCAAUAGUAACGUUUUGUUUCUUGAUCUUGAACAGAGAAACAUACGCGGCCAACGUAGGUUUGGCGAUCACACAGUCCAUAACGUUAAUCGGAACCUUACAGUACGCAGCGCGACAAUGGAGUGAAUUAGAAAACACAAUGACCUGCGUUGAACGAGUGAAGGAAUAUGCGGAUGUGAUGCCGGAAAAAGACGAAGGCCGUGUUAAACCAGCGAGAACAUGGCCAGAAAACGGAAACAUCAAGUUCCAGAAUCUCAGCCUGAGAUACGCGCCAAGUGAACCUAAAGUUUUAAACGAUAUGUCGUUUGAAAUUAAGAGCAAAGAAAAAGUUGGGAUAGUCGGCAGAACGGGGGCCGGAAAAUCCUCUAUUAUCGCAGCUCUGUUCAGGCUAGCCGACAUUGAAGGGAAUAUCUUCAUAGACGGCCUGAAUACAAAAUCGAUAAGCUUGGACAAAUUGAGAUCUAAUAUUUCGAUCAUACCGCAGGAACCAGUUCUGUUUUCCGGUUCACUCAAAAAGAAUUUGGACCCAUUUGGGGAAUAUGACGAUAAUGUACUAUGGAGUGCUCUGGAGGAAGUCGAACUGAAACCAGCUGUAUCCAAACUAUCUCAAGGUCUUGAAACGAUAAUGUCGGAAGGCGGUUCAAACUUCAGCGUCGGCCAGAGGCAGCUGGUGUGUUUGGCUAGAGCCAUAAUUAGGAAUAACAAAAUUUUGGUCCUAGAUGAAGCUACCGCUAACGUUGAUCCCCAAACGGACUUACUCAUACAAUCUACGAUAAGGAAAAAGUUUUCCCAGUGCACUGUGUUAACUGUGGCGCACAGGUUGCACACUAUAAUGGAUUCCGAUAAAGUUCUCGUGAUGGAUGCCGGCAGAGUUGUUGAAUUCGGACCUCCACACGAGCUGCUGCAGAACAAAAAGACUGGCGUUUUAUAUCAGAUGGUGCUACAGACUGGAAAAUCAAUGGCUGAUAAUCUCAUAUCAAUUGCGGAAGAGAGUUACCGAACAAGGCAAGGAGUUGAAUAUCAAGGCAGCCGAUAAAUUUCACAGUUUCGGUGUAUCUGGAAGUCGAACAGUUAACGUUAAGA